AUGCCCCCCGUCAUCUACGAGGCGCCCUACCCCGCGCCCUUCUUCCCGCAGCAAAGCGUGUUCCAGUACCUCUUCCCCGAGGCGCCGGGCAUCUCGCCGCUGCCGGCCUUCGAUGACCAGCUCCCAGCCUUCAUCGACGGCAAGAGCGGGCGCACGCUGACGCGCGCCGAGCUGCGCUCCCUCGCGCUCCGCCUCGCUGCCGCGAUGCGUGCCAUUGGCGGAGCGGAAGCGCCCGGCGUCGCGUGCAUCUGGGGCUUCAACAGCCUCGAGUGGGUCGUCGCAGCGUACGCGUGCAUGGCGGCCGGCGUGACCCUCAGCCCCGCGAAUGCCGGAUACACGCCCUCGGAGCUCGCGCACCAGAUCAACGACUCGGGGGCUGAGCUCGUCUUCCUCGCCCCGUCGCAUAUCGCCAUGUUCGACGAGGCGCGCCCGCUCCUCAAGCGAUCGUUCCCGCCCGAGCGUGUCGUGAUCCUCGCCGAGUCUGCGGAUGCGCCGUACAAGACCAUGUACGAUAUCCUGCCCCAGGGCGAGUUCACCGCGCAGCGCUUCGACCGCGCCGACGCACAAGCUACCGCUUGGUUAUGCUACUCGUCCGGCACAACGGGCUUGCCGAAGGGCGUCAUGACGUCGCACUUCAACAUUACGAGCCAGAUUCAGGCCGGCAACAUUGGGUUCCAGCGCAUGCGGCCCGGAGACGCCGUGAUCGCCUUCAUCCCGUACUCGCACAUCUACGGCGCAGUAAUCGGGCUGCUGCAGCCCAUUUCGCAGGGAUCCGCUGUCGUCGUCCUCCCGCGCUUCGAGGAGGUGCCGGUGCUCCAGGCUAUUGAGCGGUUCAAAGUCACACUUGGGCUGUUCGUGCCGCCCGUCUUCAUCGUCCUUCUCAACUCGCCCCACGUGAGAAAGUACGACCUCUCCAGCCUCAAAACGAUCAUGUCGGGCGCUGCGCCCCUUUCCGCCGAGCUGCUGCAAGCCUUCACUGCACUCAUACCCCAAUGCCGGAUUAUUCAGGCGUACGGAAUGACGGAGACCUCGCCCAACAUCGCCAACAUGCACCGCGGCAUCUCCGUUGGGCGAGAAUACUCGGUGGGGCGGCUGUUGCCGGGCUUCCAAGCGAGGCUAGUGAAGGAUGACGGGGAGGACGCCGACACAACGCGCGGAGAAGCGGGCGAACUCUGGGUGCGCGGACCAUGCGUCAUGAAGGGGUACCACAACAACCCAGCCGCGACGGACGCGACCAUCGCGCCGGGCGGAUGGCUGAAGACGGGGGACGUCGUGACGCGUGACGCGGAAGGCUGGCUUUCCGUCGUGGACAGGAAGAAGGAGCUUAUCAAGUACAAGGGCUUCCAGGUCGCGCCGGCGGAGAUGGAGGGCCUGCUGAUCCAGCACGACGACGUGCUUGACGUCGGUGUGGUGGGGGUGUACGACCCGAAGCAGGCAACGGAGCUUGUGCGGGCAUACCUUGUGUUGAAGGGCGAUAACAAGGAGAGCGUGGCGGAGCAGGUCGCGGCCUGGGUUGCGCAGCGCGCGGCACGCGCAAAACAUCUGUCUGGCGGGAUCGUGGUCGUCGAUGCCAUCCCUAAGAGUCCCAGCGGGAAGAUUCUGCGCAAGCUUCUCCGCGAGCGAGCAAAGGCGGACGCAGACCCCGUUGUCGCGAUGCCGAGGGGCGCCAAGUUGUAGUCUUAGAGUGUUAGAAUGCAGAAGUGUGUUCUCACGACGGAGGCUUUGAUGGGCGUAGCUGCUUCCAGUCGGGUGUGAAGAGAGUGAGUGAUGGAGAAACGACAGGCGAUGGGGAUGCAAGAAGGAGG